AACCCCACCUCCAUACAGCACUUCUGCCAGCCGAGAAGAGUGCAGUUAUUCCAGGAAUGUGUUGAACAUGGCUGCCGGGAUGAAAGCGCAGAAGACCGGACUGCUGGAUCUCCGAACCUCCGUUGAUCGCUGGAUCAAGGUGCUUGCCUGUCUCACCGAGGAGACCCUGACGGUGAAUCCCGGGGACGGUGCGGUAGAACCGGUGAGCCACAGCUCCAGUCCUAGCCUCGGUGGGACGGUGAAUGGAGAGCCCAAUAACCCAAGUUUGAGCUCUCCAGUCCCCGAGUCAAUCACCAACAUCAAGCGCACCGUACGAAUCACCAAGCAAGAUGUUGGAGGACUGGGAAUCAGCAUUAAAGGUGGGAAGGAGAACAAGAUGCCCAUCCUGAUUUCGAAGAUUUUCAAGGGGCUGGCGGCGGAGCAGACAGAGGCGCUGUACGUGGGAGACGCCAUCCUGUCUGUGAACAACUACGACCUGCGGGAGGCCACCCACGAUGAGGCUGUGCAGGCCCUGAAGAAGACGGGCAAAGAGGUCAUCCUGGAAGUGAAGUAUAUCAAGGAGAUGUCCAUGUUCUUUAAGAACUCCUCCCCCAGUGCCUCAAUCCCCUGGGACUCCCCCCCCUCCUCCCCCCACAGACAGGUGUCAUCGGACUUCUCCUCCCACUCCAUGGUGGAACUCAAAGAGGGGAAGAGCAUCUCACUGAAAAUGUGCCAAGUAGUGAAGAGACAAUGCCCACCCGACACAGAAAACAGGUAUUUUGAGGUGACCUCCGCUGACAGAAACUCCUCUUUGUUCCUCCGGGCGAAGGACCCUGCCAUGGCCCAGUCCUGGUACACUGCCAUCCAAUCAGCUGCCAACGCUCUCAUACCCCGAGUGAAGGAGGAACUGAAGUCUCUGCAGGGGGAGCCAGGGGACAAAGAGAUCAAACACCUCGGCUGGCUCAUUGAACAGCCUGCUGGGGGUGCAGAGAAGCCAGUGUUAGCCAUCCUGACAGAGAAGGAUCUGCUCUUCUUCCACAGCUUACCUAAGAGCAGAGAGGCCUUGAGCUGUCCAGACCACAGCCAUCCACUCAUAGCAACCAGGCUGGUGCACUCAGGCCCCGGAAAAGGCUCCUCUUUGAUGGACUCUGAGUUCUCGUUCGCCCUGCGCAGCGGCACUCAGCAGGGGGUGGAGACACACGUGUUCCACGUGGAGACUGCCAAGGAGCUGUCAGCUUGGACACGGCUGCUAGUGGACGGCUGCCACAGCGCCUCCGAGCUUAUCCAGGAAGUCACUGCAGCCUGUACCUGGAAGGGGGAGACCUGCAUCCUGUCAGUGCACAUCGAAAAGGGCUUCACCCUCUUCACGGAGGAGCCUGGCCUCAGCAAGACCCUCCUCUUCCAUCAGCCCUUCGAGAAGCUCCGCAUGUCCUCGGAUGACGGCUCUCGAAUCAUCUUCCUGGACUUUGGGGGACCUGAGGGAGAAAUCCAACUGGACCUUCACUCCUGUCCUAAAACCAUGGUGUUCAUCAUCCACUCGUUCCUGUCUGCAAAGGUGACACGACUAGGCUUGCUUGCAUAGGAGCUGCCUCCCAGUCUGUGGCGGAAACUCCAGCAAAUCACUAAACUCUUUCAUGCAGUAUUCAGCAGCUUUAGUGCGGAGAUGCUUCUGGGCUGGAACUAAACCACCAUUUGCCUUUCCAUGCAUUUCAAUUGCACCAGAGCAGCAUUCACCCUACUGUUACUAUAGAAGGGCUAAGAGCAAGUGUUCGGUUCACAGCAAUAAAACACUCUCGUUAUUUACUCCCAUAGUUUGAAGGGAUGCUAAGUUUAUAAAACUUGCAACCAAGUAACUGAGUAGUUAUGUAUAAAAAGCUCGUUUUUCUUUCUGCCUUUCCUCCUUUCAUUAACAUGCUGUUUUUUGUGCCUUUUAUGAAAUAAGCAGUAAAAGAGUAAAAUUAUUUGAGUAUAGGCCCCUAAAUGCUGAGGUAUGUCUGUUUUGAUUAAAAAAGAUUAUAUAUAUAAUGUGUGUAGGUGCCAAUCAGAGAGAUACUAGAAGUAUACUUUUUUAUUUAUUCAAGCAUCAACUGUGAGUUUGUUGGUGACCUGCUAUAGUUGGGAAUUCAGGGAGAAACCUCAAAACCACUUGUUACAACAGCUUGAUUCAUUUCACUGUAGGCCUGAGUAAUAUAUCUGCAUAUUGUGGCUGAACCACAUCCACUGUAACAUUUAUAUUUAGCAUUUUCAUUUUACUGUAUCAUUUUUUGAGCAUCUGGUGGUCACAAAUUGUAACCAUGGCAAUACAUUUUACUGUACAGAUUAUUAUUGAAUGUGGAAUUUUACAGUCAAAGGGACAUACAGUUAAAUGUUUCUGGAGCAUAUUCAGCUCUUGAACCAAUACAAGCAUCUUAAAACCAGUAUGGCGUCCAUUUUUAAAUUUUGACAAGCCUCUCAUUGCAUGUACCUUAUGAUAAAUCGUUUUAACGGAAAGUGAAUUGGAUUAUGAUGUGUGUCCUGUCAUGUAAGGCACCAUCAGUGCUGCUGAUGAAUUAGAAACCUCCAACCACGUAAUACGGUCAUUUCUCAGCUUUGCAGGGAAGAAUUCUUUUUUUUUUUUAAAUCUGCUUUCAAGGGCUAUUUUUCAAAUAUUUUCAUAAUCAUUUAGCUAAGUGCCUUUUCACUGUAUCUGUUCUUUGUUGGGUGGGGGAAUUAAUAAAGCACAGCCGAACCCAAUUCUAGGUGGUCCAAGUUUGAGUGGACAGGUAGAGUUGACUAUGAUAUAUAUGUACCCAUAGUUUGUAGAAAAUUAGAAAAACAAAUGAUAAAUGGGUUGUCUGCCAUUUCCCAGUGGUGAUUGUUCUUAGGUGACUAAGGUUUUAAAGAUGGACAGUCCAGUGAUGACCAUGGCCACAGGGCUUGUAUUUUCUGUGGACUAAUUAUGUAUUAAAAAUGAUGUAUAAAACUAAUUUGAAAAAGAAAAAAAAAAAAAGGUUCACUACCACUCAUUACAAAAGUGGCAUAAAUUCAGUCAAAAGUCACCAGUGGGUCAGUAUUUUGGAAUGGCCGCUAUAUUAAAGAAUCCUCAACUAGACUUGGUUUUUACUCCACAAAAUUCCACAACAAGAAAUAUGUACAGUCAGCACUCACAUAGCCAACCCUAUAAAAUUGUGACUUUAGUGACUGUGUGCACAGAACUGCAUACUGUACAACAUAAGUGGUAAUGCAAUUUAGCAAAAGAUUAAAAAAAAAAAAAAAAAAACACACU